AUGUUACAACAACGUCGGACGAUGCUAGCGGCAUUGCAGGCAGAUGUGGCGGUGCUACGUAAAAAGACUGAGUUUGCACUGAGCACAAAGAAUGCUUACGUAAACACUGAAAUUCGAAUGGAUAAGUGUAUGAGACAAGUGGAACAAUUGGCAGAAAAGAUUAUGAAGACACGAGAGCAGCUUUGUUCUGAGAGAAUUAAAAUUGUCGAGCGAUCAUCAAAACUCGAAGAACGAACGUUACUCAUUGGACAAGCUCAACAAAAACUUGAGCAGGACAAAGAACAAGCUGAGAGUUUCUAUGCUCCAGUACUUGAGUGUCUCGAUUACCAGAUUCAAUGGGCAGACGAGAAUGCUGCAAAAGUAAGGGGUGAUCGACUUCGUGAGCUGUUUACGUUAUUCAGAUUGAAUCCAGAAGAAGAAAAAAAUGAGAGGAAGAAGAAGGAGGAGGAUAAAGAUGAUGAUGAAGAUUUGUUGAGUAACCUUCCUGAUGAACGGGAAGGUAUUUUGGCAGAACCGCGCCAAAAACGUGCAAGCAUGGCUGUUCCUGUGUUCUUUCGGACGAUUCUCGGACUGCCAUUGCCAAAAUCUGGCAAGUAUGAGAAUGUGCCGCCUGUAGUAGUUGCUGCGGCGUUGGGAAAGGUGAUUCAUCUACUGUACUGCCUUGCCAAGUAUUUAAAAAUCAAAUACCCACAUCCGAUGGAGUUUAAUGGAUCCUUUUCGACGAUUGGGAAUACUAGUGAGGGAGCUGGGUGUCACACACUGUACCCUGAUGGUAGUGUUGGAUUUAAACGCGGAGUGAGUAUGCUUCAUGAGAAUGUAGCAUUCUUGUGUACCUGUCAAGGUGUUACUAAAAGUAAUAUCCAUUCGACCGAUUUGCUCGGAAAUCUUUUGCAAGUCUACAAGUCGCCACGACUUGGAACGCUGUACGAAAAUCAAGAAGCCGGCUCAAGCCAGGAUGUCGAAAUCGCGUCAGCGAUACUGGAUAACUCGCAGACAUUAGGUAGAAGUAUUGAGAUCUUGCCUCACUAUUCAUGA